UCCCUAUUCACAGGAUCACCGAGACGAUCUCUAAAUUAGCAAUGCCUGCCAUGUUUUCCACUUCACGGAGUGCAAGGCGUUGGGCAGCACUCACAGUGCUGCAACAGAUGAUAGGCUUCCUGCAGAUGUCUACAAUGCUGAUGCCAUCCCUGAUUACACUGGCAAUGUGCUUCAGCUUCUUCUUGACGUUGACAUGGGACAUGAUCUUCUCAGAAGAGAUCUUCAAGGAAUUGAUCUUCUGGCUCUACGGACAUUGGGAGGACCCUUGUGACCAGCCCAUCGGCCACUUACAGCAGUGCUUUUGGAUUGUCUUCUGGAUCAAAGUCUUCAUCCUCGUUUCAUACGCCAAGUACGAAGAAGAGAGGCCCCUUGAUCACCGAAGCCUCUCAGUGCGGCUCUUUCAGUAUUUGCUGAAGCCGCUGGCAGUGGCCUUUGAAGUGUGUUGGCCUACCGUCACUUUUAUUUCAUUGCGGAAGACCAAUGCAGAAGGAUGCAGCAAAAUCUUGCGGCAGACUGGCUGGCUUUUGUUAGCACCAUACUUUCUCGAGGUCUUUGUCGCUCUGUUUAGCAUGCUUUGGCCACGUUUGAAACCCCUGCUGCCAAAACCAGACACAGACCUUGCACGUGAAUUCCGAGAUGUACAAUUUGUUGCAGAGGUCGGCCGCAGCGUCACCACUUGUUCCAUUUGUUUGGGUGACUUCGCUGGGGACCAGCGCAUCGUCAGACCCUGCAGAAGCGACAUGCACGUCUUCCAUCGCUUGUGCUUGUCCAAUUGGUUGCGAGUCUCACAGUCUUGCCCGCUUUGUCGGGAAGAGCUCCGUGUCAAACACCGCGACACGGAGGUUUCGUGAGUUUUCAUUCGGAAGCAAAAAGA